AGUAAUCUUUCUAAUGCUAAAGUGCGAUCCUUUGGUACUGAAGACCGGCCCACAGACAGACCUGCUCCUCCGAGAGAAGAAAUCUAUGAAUACAUUAUUUUUCGGGGAAGUGACAUCAAAGACAUCACUGUCUGUGAACCUCCAAAAGCUCAACAUACUCUGCCACAAGAUCCUGCCAUUGUUCAAUCUUCACUGGGCUCUGCCUCUACAUCAUCCUUUCAGCCACAUGUGCCUUACAGCCCGUUUAGAGGUAUGCCACCUUACAGCCAGCUUGCUGCCAGCUCUUUACUUAGCCAGCAGUAUGCAGCUUCGUUAGGUUUAGAGAAAUUGGUAAGCCCUCCAGCAUCAGCAGCUGCUUCCAGCCCUAGUUCUUCUCCGUCUCCACAACCUGUUUCAGAGCCUGACAUGUCUUCAGAGCCCCAUCAGCUCUCUUCCAAGGGUGCUGGCUUCCCUUCUGUUCACCCAGUCCGCAAAAGCCCCAUGGUCGAGCAGGCUGUUCAGACUGGUCCAGUUGACAACAUGAAUUCACAAAAGCCGCCCCCGGUGAAAGUAACUCCAGGGGUUCCGCGCAGUGGACGGCAGGUUCCACCGGGCAACAGUAAGACAAGUGUAGAUACAGUUCAGGCAGCACCUGUGCAAACCCAAGGACAGGUGAACGAUGAAAACAGAAGACCUCAAAGGAGAAGAUCGGGAAACAGGAGAACCAGAAACCGUUCUAGAGGACAAAACAGACCAACUACUGUGAAGGAAAAUACAAUAAAGUUUGAAGGUGACUUCGACUUUGAAAGUGCAAAUGCACAAUUCAACAGAGAGGAACUUGAUAAAGAGUUCAAGAAGAAACUAAACUUUAAAGAUGACAAAGCGGAGACGGGGGAAGAAAAAGGGGACCCUGGAGUGGCAACUCAAAACAAUGACGGUAAUGCAGAGGAGGACCUUCUGGGGCCCAACUGCUAUUAUGAUAAAUCCAAGUCUUUCUUUGACAACAUUUCUUCAGAACUGAAGUCUAGUCUCAUCAGUUCUAGGCGUACCACGUGGGCCGAAGAAAGGAAGCUCAAUACAGAGACAUUCGGAGUGUCUGGACGGUUCCUUCGUGGCCGCAGCUUUCGUGGUGGAUUUCGAGGUGGAAGGGGCAGCGGAGCAGCAAGGCGAAACCAAACCACUCACAGAGCUGGUACUGGCAGAGUGUAACUUCAGAGGUUCUAACAUCUCUCCUGAGAGGAGGAAACUGUAUAUAGAAAGAAAACAACCAACUGCUGCACUAACGUGGGAAAAUGGUUCAUAUUGUUCACUGUCUCAGCUCAAGCGACAGAACUUCAUGUACUACUGCUUAUAUUCUGGACUUAUUUUGGACCAGCAGCUGUCAGCUGGAAUAUUCUUUGGAAGAGGGAAUGUGUUCAGGGGUACCUUCUUCAGGGUGUCUUUUUUUUGUUUGUUUGUUUUGUUUAUUUUUUUUUAAGUGCAGACUAACGUACAUUGUUCUUCUUUCUGGGUCUCUCAAAGGCUGCUAUAGUCUAAGCUUAAAGUCAGACUCCUUUUCUGAACCCUGAAGAAGAUAAAUCAUGCUAUUUUUUAACAUGGAACCAAAGCUCACUUGAAAUAAACCAGCUAGAAUUUGUUUGUUCUGAGUAACCAAAUGGAUUCUUUGGUGCUGCUGGUCUCACUGUUCUCGGCAGCGGGUGUGAAGCAGCACUUGGUAUCCGGGAGGACGGAUUCCUGGUGCCGAGGAGUUAUGUAUAUUGUCACUUGGGAAUACUGGAUUGUUGAUCAUGUAGUAGUGUCAAUGACUGUGCAACUGUUUGUCGGCCGGUACUAACGUGGAGGUGCUGCAGGCUUACAGGCAACCGUGGCUCUCCCUUGAGCUGAAGGGUGCUGGGCGCUCCUCCUCCACGGCUUGGAGCCCCUUGCUGGGCCAGGGCGGCGCGGGGGGGACCGCGUGCUCUGCCCUCGGUGGGAUGGGAGCGGUGAGCAGCACCGCCCUGCCCUCGGAGUAGAGCUUUUGGGCAGUGGCUGACUGUCUGGGAAGGAGAUCCGAAGCUCCGAGUUCUUGCCUCAGUUCGUACCUGGCUCCUGGGCAGUACCAAGCGCAAACAGUUCUCUGUACGCUAGUAGACUGUGGUGGAACACUAUGGAAUGUUUUCAUUAAACUAGGGAUGGGAGUCCAUAUAAUGAAGCUUAACAGAUGGGCAUGUUUAAUUUGUGUCCUCUAUACCCCCCAGACUGUAAAUAGUUUAGUUGUUUUUCUUUUGUUUUUAAAAAUCUGUAUGUGGGGAGAGGGGCUGGGGGGGGGUUACAUUUGUUUGCAUGAAUAAGUGGGUUAAAUUGCUAUAGGCAUGUGUCCCUUUUUUGGUUGGUAGGGAAUUUCGUUGAAAAAGCACCUUGAUGACUGAACCCCUUACAUAGCUAGAAUUUUUUUAGUUAUGCAUUGACCUAGGUUACUGUAAAAGCUUGGAUUUAUUUUUGUAGGACUUUAUUGCUAAGAAUUAGAACAUAGCAGUGGGGCUGCUCUUUGGAGUAAUGUAAAUUGUAAUUAUAAUAAACAUGUAAAUGUUUAAUGUUUCCCUCCUGCUUUGUUCUGUACCUCAGUCCGUACAACCUGUGGGCGCUUGUCCUAGCGGGGCUCAAAUCUAAGUUGGAGAAAACUCUGCCUCAGAGUUGGGGCAGGCCGGGGCACUACGGCAGGGGAUUAAAUAGGCUUAAAAACCCUGAUCUGGGCACUGCCCCCCCCGUUGCCAUUGCCCUCUGUUCUGGUGUCCUCACUGAGGAACCACCCUGAGCCUGUACCGAGCCCAAGCCCCUGGGCCAGUGGGGCUUAACUAGAGCUUGCUUGGGGCACAGCGCUGCUGGUUCAGUAGCCACAACUGCCCUGGGUGUCUGGGCUCACGGCAAGGAAAGGGGGCAGGUGCUGAAACUGCUUCCUCAGAAGCUGCUGCAAGCCUCUGGGUUUCUCCACUGGCCCAACAGCCAGCAGGGUGCUGAGCGUGGGGCUGGGACUGCGCUGCUGGAGGGGCCGGGCUUGUCAGGGGGGGCUGUGGCAAAGGGAGAAAGGGCCGCUUUCUGGGUACUAAUGCCUCUGGUUCUAAGGAGCAGGGCCCUGUGUUUCUGCAGCAAAGCCUCGGCUCUGAUACCUGAGAGGUGGCCCUGGUCAUGGCACUGCUGAAGUUGCUGUACUGGGGCUGUCUCCCAGCUCUCCCACUGUACUGGGCUCACUGGGAGCAGUAGGAGGGGGCCGGUGGCUGGGCCCUGGGCUUGCUGACUGCCAGCCCCUCUCCGGCAGGAGCUGUGUUCCCCUUGGCUCUGCUGCAGCCCUCUUGGCUGCCAGGCAGAAGAUUCCCAACAUGAGGGAAGGACGGUGGCGACUUGUGCAGGGAACCAAACAGGGCUUUUCCAACUUCAGCAUUCCAUCCAAGGACUGAUAAAUGAAACUGCACUAUUCCAGCAACUCCCUUUCUCCAGCUGCUGUGGCCCAACGCUUCCCUGAGCAGCGGCACGGCCGCUUUCCUGUCCUUGAUUCCAGGGCCCUACGCUCUGCCCACGCUUUGCUUUGCAGCCUUUGGCGGUAAACAGCCCGGCAGCCUGUGGGAGUUGCUGCAGGCUGGCACCCGCUGCCUGGAGCAGCCCCCGGGGGGGGGCAGGGGCGCCCGCAGCCCUGGCUGAGCCACUGCAGCUUGUGUUACACCUGUAAAACCCUGCCUCGCUUGGCAACCGCAGCCCCAGAGCUGCUUUCUAGGGCUGUUCCAGUUCCACCCCCUUGGUGGAUAAAAAUAGGGGAAUUCUGUAAUCGAGUGGCACCCGUUACUGUUGCAGGCAGGUGCUGAGGCUCAUGGGUAAGAGAAGCCCAAGGCUUCUCCAAAACGGGAAAAGGCAACGCUGCACUAUGGCACAAGCAAAGUGACCACCCUUCCCCAAAAGCUGGGAGCAGAGAUGCCCUUAGCGAUACGGACAGGAUGGACAAAGCCUUUUGUUGUGCUUAAAGGUUGUACUGAAAGAGAAAAAAGGCCCCAGGAAGAAGCAGGGGGAAAAAUAAAAAUUAACAGGGAGGGAGGGAGGGGCUGGUGUUAUUUCUGUUCAGCCCUGUACCCCCUGGUUUGGGGGCAUCACAGCCCUGUGCCCCCCUGCUGCUGUCACUGGCAAACCGUCCCCACCCCCCUUGCAGGGCAGGGAUCAGCUGGAACAGAACUUUCUGUUGGCCAGAAGCAGAGCAUGGAGCUGCCGCGCUGCAACUACCACUCUGAAAUCAAAUUCCCCAGUUCCAGCCCCUCUAGGUGAGUUUCGUACCAUCUGAGUGAACAGUUGUCACCCGCUGCCUUCACCCUGACGCAUUUCUAAGUUUAUAACAUUAUAGGCGUUGAUAGCUGCAGCACGUGGCUGGCUCUGCCUCCCGCAGAGCACCCGAGCACUCUCCUGCUGCUGAAGGGGCGAGUGCUGGGGACAGGGAAGGGACGGGCUGGGCCAGAAGCAGAGCUAAACCCAGCUCCCGCAGGCGAGACGCACAGAGGAAGCGGCACGAGGGUAAAUACAAAAGGAGAAACUGGACCAGAGCAUUGUGGCUUAACUGUGGCGAACACAACAGCCCGUGCAGCUAUUUUUAGCACUGGGAAGCGACUGGUCUGUAAAUCCCCUAGUGGGCAAUCACAACAGCAACACUUUAUUCUGAACCAGCUGAAUCAUGCACGGUCCAUAUAAGCACCGCGUCACACACCAAGCAAGCACCACAUCACGCACCUCUGCUGCGAUGACGUGCCUGCAGCAGUCGGGGCUGGCCUCCCAAAACACGACCCCCCAACGCCUCAGUACCUCAUGCACAGGCUGCCGCAAGGCUUACGUCCAGACCCCCACCGGGUGAUGUUGAAGAUGUUAGGGAAGAAAAAGCGUAAUUCGGUAUUAGUUAUGUUCUCUGGAGGUCGUAACACAACA